AUGGGAGGUUGCUGUUGUUCCUCGAGGAAGUCAAAUGUUGUUGGAACACCUGUGUACUAUUAUUGUCCAGAAUCUUUUGAAGAGCUUCGGCCUUCAGGAGCUCAUGCUGGUGUGGGAUCAGCUUUCACCACCACAGGCCUCUUGGUUGAUUUAGGUUUGGAGACAUCUAUACCAGACACCUUUUGUGCUCCUGCUCCUCUUCCUUAUGAUUUGCUUUUGGGGAGACGACACUGCGCAGAUUCCGAGUCUGGCAAAGGAAGGAUUAGUGAAAGCAGCUUUGAAACGUUAGCGGCAUGUGAAGAUCUCGCGGGAUUAGACUGUAAAACUCAACCCAGCUCAGUGGUUCUCUCACCUAGGAAAUCAGAUUUCUCUAAUCAAAAUGGGUGGAAGCAGUUGGUAGAUGAAGAGGAAGACUCUUGUCCCAUUUGCUUUGAAGAUUAUGAUGUUGAGAAUCCUAAACUAACGACAAAGUGUGACCACGAUUUUCACCUUUCUUGUCUUUUGGAGUGGAUUGAAAGAAGCGAUAGCUGCCCUAUAUGCGAUAAGGAAGUUGUGUUUGCUGAUUGCUUGAACUAG